AAAAGGAUCGACAGUUCUGUUCUGAAAGUGGCUGCCAAUUAAAGGGUGCCUAGAAAAGGGAGGCAAUACUGAGAUCUGGACGUUGAAAAGGAAGUCAACAGAAGCACUCUCUCUGACUUUGUUUCUCCGAUCUCAAAUGGUCAUGGCGGUGGAGGAAACCAGAUUAAAAGGAGAGAGAGCAUGAAAUGUGGAGGGGAGACGUGAUAGUGAUGGCGAUCCUCACAUGUCACAAGGAAGGCAACUCUCCGUGUCGGCAGUGGCGAACGAGUCCCAUGUACAGAAAAAGAACGGUGAUUUUGACCCGAUUUUCGCCACUCCCAGUUGCAGAGAACAAUGAAGCCUCUGCGAGUGGGUAUAUGGUGGAUUUGGUUAUACGGGUCCUUGCUUAUUGUUCUCUCCAUAUAUGCUACCCGCAAGCUACCUUCACUUCAGGAUGCAAUCACAAGACCCGGUUUUAAUCCUGGAAAAUACUCGGUGGAUUCAAACAACCCAAAUAUCACUGUAUUCUCUGCUACUACCUCCAUUGGUCCAAAGCAAAGCCUUGCUGUUCGUUCAUGGCUUGGUUUGUCUCCUCAAAUCACAGUUGUUCUGUUUAGCCAACACCCUUCUGUUCGCUCUUUCGCCUCGGGCUUUGGACUCCGGGUUUUGGUUGAUUCCACCAUUGACUUCACGUUCCUCGGGACGCCAUUCUUCCAUUCCAUGGUGGAAAGAUCAGAGGCAUUCGGCACAGAUAUUGUCGUCUUUGUAGAUUCUCAAACCGUUCUUCUGCCUGAUCUUGUCCCCGCUUUGAAUUUUGCUCACAAGCUCGACGGUUACUGGCUUCUUGUGGCUUCAUUACAAGAGACAUCCUUCUUCCCGUUCAAAUUGGGAGGUGAUGGUCAACAUUGGCUUACAGAGAACGGGAAAAGGUUGGAGCUUGAUGAGUUGCAGGAGAUCCUUGGCCAGAAUCGGCAUUGCCAUGAUAGGAGUAUACUUAUGGCCUGGAAUUCAGGAAAUGUGCCUUUGCACAAUGGAGUCCUCCCCCCUUUCUUGUUUGCUAAGGGGAUUCACAACCACUGGCUUGUUAAUGAGGUUGUGGCUUCCGAACUGAGACUUGUGCUUGAUGCUAGCUCGGUCAUCUCAGGCGCCUUCCUUAACAAUCCCGAUCGAAUAGAGAGGACUGACAGUAGGUUAGUUAUGGAGAACAGAAGCUGGGAGGCAGUUGGCAACUCACACCUUGGUACAUUAUAUGGGUCAUUGCUCUUCCAUGAAACCAACUAUUCCACCUUGGCAAAGCUUGUAAAAUGUGAUGACCAGUAUCUUGUCCUUGACGGCACUGAAGAUAUAGUGAGGAAUAGAAGGGCUUUGUCUUCACAGAAAAGGAAGAGAGUGAUGGGUUGUGUUGAACAUAUCAAGUUGAGGAAGCCAUUACUGGAUUGCGCGGUUGGAGAUCAGUUGAGGUAUUUGCAGCCUUUGGAAUACCAAAUUUCUUUGGAAUUGCUGCUUGCAAUAGCUGCUGAUAAGACACAAACAGUUGUGCUUGCAAUUGCUGGAUAUAGUUACAAGGACAUGCUGAUGAGUUGGGUUUGCAGAUUACGCCGCCUGAGGGUCACCAACUUCGUCAUUUGUGCUCUGGAUCAGGAAACAUUUGAGUUUUCUGUUUUACAGGGUUUGCCUGUAUUCCAUGAUCCAUCAGCACCAAGUAACAUCAGCUUCAACGAUUGCCACUUUGGAACAAAAUGCUUCCAGAAGGUCACAAAAGUAAAAUCCAGAAUUGUUCUGAAUAUUCUGAAGCUGGGUUACAAUGUACUUCUCAGUGAUGUAGAUGUCUACUGGUUCAAAAACCCACUGCAAUAUCUCCACUCAUUUGGUCCAACCACUCUCGUCGCCCAGUCCGAUGAAUACAACAAAACAGGACCUAUAAACUUGCCUAGGCGUCUGAACUCUGGCUUCUACUUUGCUCAUUCUAAUGCUCCAACAAUUGCUGCUAUCGAAAAGGUGGUGAAUCAUGCAUCCACAUCAACCCUUUCUGAGCAGCCAAGCUUCUAUGAUAUGCUGUGUGGGGAAGGUGGAUCGAACCGAAUCAGUGAUGAUAGAUGUCUGGAGCCAGAAACGAAUAUUACUGUUCAUUUUUUGGAUAGAAACCUCUUCCCCAAUGGUGCAUACUUAGACCUUUGGGAGAAGCCCAAUGUGAGAGAAGCUUGCAUGAAGCAAGGCUGCUUUGUUCUUCACAAUAACUGGAUUAGUGGAAGGUUGAAAAAGCUUGAGCGCCAAGUUUUAUCAGGCUUGUGGGAGUAUGAUAGUAGCAAGAGGAUGUGUUUUUCUUGCAUCACUCCAAAUUCCAGCAGCUCAUGAAAAAUUGUCCCUUCUGAAGGAAAACUUUGUUUUUCAAACUCCUUUCCCCCAUUCAGCUUUGAAAUCCACGUUUGGUGAGGAAGAAGACAAAGAUCAGGCUUCUUGUUGUUGGUCGUGGAAUCCAAGCCUGUAGCUUGAUUUCAUCAAAUGUCAUUCUUCUAGUGAUAUUCACCUUCUUAUUGGAUAAUAAUGUUCAGUUAGCACAGAAUUGACGAGACUUACUCGAACUGGGGAUCGCAGGCUGGCAGAAAUGUUGACGGGUUCUUGUUGUUGCUUUCUGGAUAGUGGAAAAAAGUCAAGAAGAAGAAAGCAUGAGCUAAUAACAGAUGAAUUGGCAGGUGGUGGAGCUUCAGUUUCAGUGGAAGUCAGUGCUGACUCCAAGGAAGUUUCUGUGAGGAUAGUUCAUCCAGGGGGGAGGGAGGAGAGUUUCCAGUACGCUCUUCCAGCACAGCAAGUCAUGGAGAAGUAUCCAGGGACUCGUGUUGCUAGGCCAGAUGUUUUCCAGAAUCCUGAAGAUUCCAUUCUGUGGCCAGAAGAGAUUCUGCUGCCUGGCAACAAAUACCUGAUCAUUUCAUCGACCACAGCUGAGAAACUGAAGCACCACAGAAGACAUCAUCAUCAUGGGAGAACGACAAGAGAAAGGCCGGAACUUUGUGACAAUGAAGACACCAUAUCUUGUGCGAACAUAACUUGGGAUGAACAAGAUAUUUCGGAGGAAAACGUAUGCCAAGCAAGAGAUUUCUAUGCUUCAAAGGAUAGGUGGUCGAGGUGUUCGGAGAGGAAGACAAAGAACGUGAGGUCUAGAAAAAGACAACCUUUUGUCCCUCCUCUUCCGAGGUCAAGAAGUUUCAAAGGUUCGAGCUGGGAGCCUAGCCUUACUUCCGUACAGGAGCUCUCUCCGUGAAUGAAGUUCUGACUGGUUUUCUUUUACAAAAAUGAAACAAAAAGGACUGAUGUCUUCCUGGUUUUGCUUUUCUUUUGUUCUCGCGCGAAAAGAAUCAGUCUCUGAUGAUGAUAUGUAGAACCAACUGCAAUAACUUUGACUAUAUGCCAUUUAGUGCUUUAUGAUUUUUGAAGUUCCUUGGAGUACAAUCUUCUCUCUGUUCUGUGACUUUUUUUGAAUGGGGAGCUUCUGGGCUUGAACUUCUACUAGUCAAUGCUCUAUUAAUAUCCAGA